CAAAACAAAAAGAGAAACACAUGCAAGAGAGAGAUGGAAUUGGGAGAGAAACACAUGAAACACAUGCAAGUUCUUCAGAUGAAUGGGGGAUUGGGAGAGACGAGCUAUGCUCAAAACUCAUUCCUUCAGCGAAAAGUGAUAUCUAUGACAAGGCCUAUCACAGAGGAAGUCAUAACCAAUCUCUACUGUGGCACCUUCCCAAAGACUCUAGUCAUUGCAGACCUCGGAUGUUCUUCAGGAUCAAACACUCUUUUUGCAAUGUUUGAACUCAUCAAAGUAGUGGAUAAGCUCUGUGUAAAGCUGGGUCGUCAAUCUCCAGAAUAUCAGAUUAUGUUGAACGACCUACCAGGGAAUGACUUUAACACUAUUUUUAGAUCCUUGACAAGGUUCCAAGAACAAAUGAAAAAGCAAUUGGAAGCUGGAAAUGGGCCAUUCUAUUUCAAUGGAGUCCCUGGUUCUUUCUACGGCAGACUUUUCCCCAGUAAUAGCCUGCAUUUUGUCCAUUCAUCUUAUAGUCUCCAUUGGUUGUCUCAGAUUCCUGAAGGUCUGGAGGGUAACAAAGGAAAAUUUUAUAUAGCUAGCAGCAGUCCACCAAGCGUUUCCAAGGCAUAUUAUCGCCAAUUUCAAAGAGAUUUUUCAAUAUUCUUGAAUUGUCGUGCAGAUGAACUGGUAGCAGGAGGUCGUAUGGUUUUGACAUUUUUGGGCAGGAGAAGUCCAGAUCCUUCAAGCAAAGAGUGUUGCUACUACAUCUGGGAGCUUUUGGCUAUGGUUCUCAAUGACAUGGUUUUGGAGGGAAUCAUUGAGGAAGAGAAAUUAGAUUCCUUCAACGUUCCCACCUAUACACCAUCCCCAUUUGAAGUACGAUCUGAGAUUGAAAGGGUAGGGCCUUUUAGCAUUGAUCGGUUGGAAGUUUUUGAAAUCAAUUGGGAUGGUUAUCACAAUGAGUGUAACCUUUCUGAUGCAUUUAAAGAUAGUGGAUAUAAUGUUGCAACGUCCAUCAGAGCUGUGGCUGAGCCCUUACUUAUUGGACACUUCGGCUUCAGCGAAGCUAUCAUUGAAGAUAUUUUUUGUCGGUUUAAAGAAAUCGUAGCUGAUCAUAUGGCCAAAGAGAAGUCUGAAUAUGUCAAUGUGACUGUGGCUUUGACCAAGACUGGAUGAUCACUGAAUUAGCUUAUUCUUAUACAUACAAUGUUAGCUGCUUUUUUUUUUUUUUUUUUAAUAAGGUGUAAAAGCAAAAUUCCCAUUAUGAGUUGAAAGAAUAAUUAAGGAAGAAUUAU